UCUCUCUCUCUCUCUCUCUCUCUCACACACACACACACACAAACACCUGCGCAGAGCCGGUGAAUCACGCCGACGCCGCUUCGCUCUCCAAUCUCUCAUCCAUCCUGACAGUCAGAUGGCCUCCAUUUUAAUCAGAAGACUCUCCGCAGUGGAAAUAGGAUUCAUUGCCAUCAUCUGCAGCACGAGAUUGCGUUUCGAUUAAUAUUUCACAAGUUCCUUCAUGCUCUGUGUGGAUUGGCUGACUCUCUUUUGUCUCCUGGAGGUGAAAUGAUGCUCGAGUGAUGCUGCGUCUCUGUUCCCACCCGCUGCUGAACAACAUCACCAACAUCGUCAUCACCAUCGCCGAAAUAAUACAUAGGCACAAAUGAAACUCUUCAACUGAUUAUAAGGAACUGAGGAACAUUGUUACCACACACACACACACACGCACACAUUGACUUAUUAUUUAACACACACACACACACACACACAAUGGCACUGGACAACACCGCCUUCUCCUCGUGCCCCGAAUCCCUGUCCCUCCCAGUUCCAGAGAAAGGGGAGGAGCCUGUGGAGGAGGCCCCAAAGGAUGCUCCGCCCACUGAUGUGCAGAACGCAUCUGAGGAGCUGGGAAAUGUGGUAACCACGGAGAUGGCCCCUCCCACACAGCCAUCAUCCAAUAACAAAAUGACCUUCCAGGCCAAGAUGGCUGCAAGGGAGGCGCAGGCCAAUCAGCCGCAGAAGAAGGUUCAGGGGUCGGGGCAAGAGUGGAGCAAGUUUGGAUGGGCACGCAACAAGCGUAAGAGGCAGCGCUAUGUGGAGAAGAACGGCCGCUGUAAUGUGCAGCACGGUAACAUGCGCGAGACCUACCGCUACCUGACGGAUAUCUUCACCACCCUGGUGGAUCUGAACUGGCGCUGCUCUCUGUUUGUCUUCGUCAUGGCGUAUGCAGUGACCUGGCUCUUCUUUGGAGCAAUAUGGUACCUCAUUGCAUACUGCAGGGGUGAUCUGGAUCAUUUGGAGGAUGAGGCAUGGACUCCAUGUGUCAAUAAUGUUAAUGGAUUCAUCUCUGCGUUCCUUUUCUCCAUUGAAACGGAGACGACCAUUGGCUACGGAUACCGUGUCAUCACUGACCAGUGUCCAGUGGGCACCAUGUUACUCCUGCUACAGGCCAUCCUGGGAUCUAUGGUCAAUGCAUUCAUGGUUGGUUGUAUGUUUGUGAAGAUCUCCCAGCCGAAUAAGCGUGCCGAGACAUUGGUGUUCUCUCGUAAUGCUGUCAUCUCACUGCGGGAUGACAAGCUCUGUUUGAUGUUCCGCGUCGGGGACUUGAGAUCCUCCCACAUUGUGGGCGCUAACAUGAGAGCCAAACUUAUCAAAUCCAAACAGACACAAGAGGGUGAGUUCAUUCCACUGGAUCAGACGGAUAUCAGUGUAGGUUUCGAGACGGGAGACGAUCGUCUCUUCCUGGUGUCUCCACUGGUGAUCUCUCACGAGAUCGAUGUUCGCUCUCCGUUCUGGGACAUGUCACAUGCUCAGCUGGAGAAAGAGGACUUUGAGGUUGUUGUCAUCUUGGAGGGGAUGGUGGAAGCUACAGGUAUGACCUGUCAGGCACGGAGCUCCUACUUGGCUGAAGAGCUCUUAUGGGGUCACAGGUUUAGUCCCAUGAUGACGCUAGCCGAGGGAUUCUUCGAUGUGGAUUAUGGGGCCUUUCACCACACGUUUGAGGUGGACACGCCCUCCUGUUCGGCGAGAGAGCUGGCGUUGGCUGCCGCCCGUUUGGAUGCUCAUCUCUAUUGGUCGAUCUCCAGUCGGCUUGAUGAAGAGAAAUGGGAGGAUCCUAAUGUGACUGAACCGACGGGGAAGUCCACGGAUUCAGAAUCUAUCAUAGAGGGAGACAGGCCAACAUUUACUGUUGGCGGAGUUACACACACCCAGGACCAAUCCGUUGUAGGGGAGCAGAACGGCAGUGUCGCCACUGACCAAUCAGAGUCUGAGGCUUAAAAGGAUGCAAGAAUGUGAAAGGUACGGAAAAUGUUCGAAGAAGUCCACAGUUUGUGUAAAUUUAACUUUAGACUGGGUUGUCCGGCGAUCCAAGCCUUCUACUUCGAGUUAGAUUUUGAACUGUAUAGUCGCUAAUGCCUAGCAUAGAAUACUUUCCCCAAGGGGGAAAUCCUAGCAUCUCCUUGCUGUGUUUUCAGUCAGAUUUAAUCUUACCCUCUGAUGUUUUAUGACAACACUGCCUUUGAAUUCACGCCGUAGCUCUGUUUCCAACUCUAGUGAGCAGCCUCGCUGUCUUUUGUGUUCAC